ACCAUCAUCCACCCCCUCCUCCUCCUCUCCUCUCUCCACUUCUAUCUCAGCUCUGCGAAGAAGAAAAACGAGGAAACCAAGGAUUGGUGUGUUGCUCGACUUGAAAUUUUCUCAUUUUUUGCGCACGUAGCCCCAUAACGCCUGACAGCCUCGCCAAAAUUGCUGCUUUUUGAUGAUUUCUGAUCAUUUUUAUGUGAUGACAGUAAACGGCUGUGCGUGUAUAUGCGCUCGUUGUUCUCCGGCUGGCCGUGAUAUAACCGUCUAGGAUCGUUUGGAUGCAGGAGGAAGACGCUCUGACGCUCCGGGAAGCUUCGUCCAGCCCUCCGUGUCCUCCUCGUUCCUGCGACCGGCUGCAUGACCGGUGAUGCUCGGCCUCUCCGCCUGGAUGCGCCCCUCUCUCCGCGGUGUUCCGUCGGUACCGCUGCCCGUAUCCCCCUAUAGCAGAUUCCCACUGUUGCCGGAGAAAGGUCUAGGGACCACAUAUGGAAACUGGGGAUCAGAAUUUUAGGAAAAAGGAAAACUAAGCAGGCUGUCGUUUGAUUUUCAUAACUUAAUAUUCUUUCUCCUCCUCUUGGCUUAAUUUUUCUUCUUCUUAUUAUUGUUAUUAUUUGGAGAGAGGGGGGUUGAUCGUCCCUGGUUGGUUUAUUUUCCAUCAUCUCUUAAGGAAUGACUAGUUUUCAUGGCAGUCAUGGUACCGGCUGAUAUUUGCCAUUAUUUAUCAUUCUGUCCUUGCUUUUGGGGAAGCGCUUGACUGUGCUGGUUUGAAUCUGUUCUUUCAUUUCUUUCAGCACAUCCAGUCCUGAUUUUUCUCAACAUAUUCUGGGCCCUGCCUGUCUGUCUUGCCUGUCUCCCAUCACCCUCUUCCCACAGAAUACAUGUGAGAGCCUGAUUCUUCAGAAAUGUCUGAGAUGAACGUCCAUAAUUCACUGAUCCACUGGGUCACAUCAAGAUAGUCAGCUCUCAUCACUGAAUUCUGUCAUCAUCUAUUGGAGGUCUCUGGUUUUGUUUCUAUUGGGGGCUAUUUUAAAGAAAUCAGGCCGCCAACUGUGUUAGUCUUAACCACACUCCACCCCCACCCCCGUGUUUCUUCAUCCCUUUUCAGUAUGAAUUAAUUCACACUGCGUGCAUGUGGCUGCUCGUCCAUGUACAGGUGUGUGAAAGUUUAAGUCUGUGAGCGAGUGUGUGUCUGUGUGUGUGUGUGUGUGUGUCUGUGUGUGUGUGUGUGUGUGUGAGCAGGAGGAUGACAGUGUAGGCUGAAUGUGGCAGCCUAUGUGAGGGGAAAAAGCGCUACAUACACAUCAUUCCAUACACCGUUGAAGCUGUGAGGAUUGUAAUACAUGUUACUGCUUUAGUCAGCUCAGAAAGCCAAAACCAGGCCUGAAACAGCCACAGAGAAGCCAAGCGAAAUCCUCCAUCUUCUCAUUAUCUCGGCCUUUUUCAGAGUUUGACGUUUAGAGGCCUUCCAUCUCAACAAAGUAGGCCUAGAUCCCAGACCAGGUCUCUAGUGGGCUCUGCUAGAAGCCUGUGUUUUUAGGUCAACAUUUUUUUUUCCAGAGCAGGGCAACUUACUGCCAUUUGAGGACUAGAAUUUAGGCAGCUGAGGGUUCUGUCGUCAUCGCCAAAGUCUGUUUGACCCAUCUGUUGGGCCGAACAGACGCAAAGCCACCCCAAAUCCUCAACUUUAUCUUAAUUUUCACCUGUUUGCUGCCCCCACCAAAAACCAACCAUACGAUUUCCCCCGAGCUCCCCUAAUUCCCCCACCCCCCCAGCGGCCCCCCGCUACCGUCGUCCGCCCGACGCCGCCCACCCCCCGUUUUCCGAGCUGGCGUGGCGACGCAAACUCACAAAUAUUUACUUCCUAUACAUCAAGAGGAAAGGGGGCCCCCCUUUCGUGGAAUGCGGCAACAUGGGCGUGUUUGACCGCGGAGUUCAGAUGCUGCUGACCACGGUGGGGGCCUUCGCCGCCUUCAGCCUCAUGACCAUCGCCGUGGGGACAGACUACUGGCUGUACUCACGCGGCGUCUGCAAGAUCAAGAGCACCAACGAGAACGAGACCAGCAAGAAGAACGAGGAGGUGAUGACGCACUCGGGCCUCUGGAGGACCUGCUGCCUGGAAGGUUCUUUUAAAGGCAUGUGUAAGCAGAUAGAUCACUUUCCUGAGGAUGCCGACUAUGAGGCAGAUGCUUCAGAGUACUUUCUACGCGCUGUACGAGCCUCCAGUAUCUUCCCUAUCCUAAGUGUGAUCCUGCUCUUCAUGGGGGGGCUGUGCAUUGCUGCCAGCGAGUUCUACAAGUCACGCCACAACAUCAUCCUUAGCGCCGGAAUCCUCUUCGUCUCCGCAGGCCUGAGCAACAUUAUAGGAAUCAUUGUGUACAUAUCAGCCAACGCUGGCGACCCUUCCAAGAGUGACUCCAAGAAGAACAGCUACUCCUACGGCUGGUCCUUCUACUUCGGCGCCCUCUCCUUCAUCAUGGCUGAAAUGGUGGGUGUGCUGGCUGUGCACAUGUUCAUCGACCGCCAUCGGGAGCUACGCGUGGGGGCCCGAGCUGCUGACUACCUCCAAGGUGCGGCCAUCACGCGCAUCCCAAGCUACCGCUAUCGCUAUCGACGCCGUUCACGCUCUUCGUCCCGCUCUACGGAUCCCUCGCACUCUCGCGAGGCAUCACCAGUUGGCCUCAAGGCCUUCGGGACGCUGCCCUCCACCGAGCUGUCCAUGUACACGCUGCCCAAGGGCCAAACGGGCACGCCAACAGCCACCUAUAACUCCACGGAGAGGGACCACAACUUCCUGCAGGUCCACAACUGCAUCCAGAAGGACCUGAAAGACUCAGGCGGUCACAGCAACACCGCCAACCGGCGCACCACACCUGUAUGAAACUGACAGAUGGACCACAGACACUAACAAAAAUCAGUGGGACUUUGGGGGGAAGCAGCAAAAGACAGAUCAUGGUGUUAGGAGACAGAAAGAGGAAGAGAAGAGGGCUUAGAUGGGUAGAUUUAGUAGUGAGGGUUAAACGACAGAGGGGAAGUUCAGAGCAGCACCUCAGAUAAUCACUGAGUGUCUGUUUAAAAAAAAGGAAACGGAGUAAAAAUGCAUAAAAAAAGAAACAUGCAUGAUUUUCCCAUGAACCAUUGUUUAACAAGUUUUGAACAUGUUUGUAAAGAGUUGAGGGGGAGGUCGGGGAAAGAUGAGUUGGGAGGGGAGGGCCUUGGGGAUGCUGGGGUGGGGUGGGCGGUGGUUGUCUCUGGGCUUUGGAACAGCGGAGUGGUGGGCUUGGCCAGACUGCCCAUUUAAAGGCGAACUUUAUAUUUUUUACUCUUCCUCAGUCUGAUCAAAAGGGGGCUUAAUUUGGCCCUCGGCCCUGCCUAUGAACCUGCCCUCGCACUUCCAUACCACAAGCCCCCCAACACACACACCCUAAACUUCCUUAAACCCCACUCCUUUCUUUAGUUGCUGUAUCUUCUUGAUUUCAUUCUUUAUUCGCAUUAAUACUGUGAACCAUUGCGGUGUGGGAUUUUAGCAGGGAGCAAUUCAGGCCGCAAAAAAAUAAAAAACAAGAAAAAAACACAUAAGUUAAUAUAUGUAUUGAUUAUAUAUAAAUAUAUGAAUAUAUAUGUUAAUAAAUCAUGACUAGACUUCCCUGGCGCAAAAAAAUAUCAACAAGAAAAAAAAAGUAACUUACAAGUGAAACUAAAUCAAGUCGUCAUGGAAACUAAACCAAGACGGAGGAUUCAUUGUGACUGGCUCACUUGAGGGGCAAAGGCUUCGGCCGACUUGAUAAACUGAUAUUGGUUAGUAUUAGACACAUUAUCACAUUCUUUUACAACAACAACAAAAAAAAAGAAAUCUUUUGGCCUUCCACCGGACCCUGGCAGCCAUCUUUGUUCAGGGUCAACUAGAGGUAAAAGUUGACCUCACUUUUUUUUUUGGCCUCAUAAAGGGGCAGAGUGAAGAGAGAACUCUGGGUAAUGGAUGAUCUCUCUGCAAACUUGAAGAUGACUGUGGACAAUGAAACGUCACUACUGCCAAAGACACAAAGUAGUGCGUGAGAGAACACGGCUACCAGCGAGCUGAAGCUAAGUGACUCCAAAAAAUUAAGAAUUUACAUGCAUGCUAAUCAAAAUCAUCCGAUCUGCUUUUAAGGAACCUAUGUUUUGAACAACUGAACAAUGAUACCAUGUAAGGGCAGUGGGAGUGACAAAGUAGAAAUUAAUGUUACAGUACUGUGUCUAUUUCAAUUUUUUUCUUUUUUUUGUUUUGAGUGGGUAUUUUGGGUGGGGCUUCGUUACGCUUGAAACAAAAAACUUUGGAAAACGUAUCAAGGCUUUUUUUAACAGAAGAAAAUCUCAUCUUGCCUUUUCAUUUUACUUUUUCUGUUCCUUUGAACUCUCACACAGCCUUAGUCUCUUUCUUUAUCUCAUUUUUCUUGGUCUUUGGUUUCGCGUUGUGUUGUUGUAAAUGAGAACUUAAAAAAAGCGUAAUGUCUUUCAAGGUGCCAAAACUGAAUGAUUCUGAACUUGGAUGCAUCAAGUCCUGAUGACGAAUAAAAAUUUAACCCCUCCCCCGUAGGGAACUGAA